UGAAUAUAAUUAUUAAACAUGAACCGAAUCCGAUCCAAACUUUUAAAAUAUUUAAAUGGGCUGAAUGUUUUUUUGCAAACUGAUUUCAUUCGUAACUUAAAUUUGGUUCAGGGCCCAUAAAACCUGUUUGGCAACAGAGUCAGCUCUAACAUUAAAUAUUUUUGGAAUAAAAUUAAACUUGAUUGUCUUAAAUGAAAGGGAGAGAAGAUAGAUAUCACGAAGCAAGCUAUAGAUCUCCAACUUGAUCGUGUUGAUAAGAACUUGAGAGUCAGAGAAGAGUGAGAUGGAUUCGAUUCCAUGAUCCCGAGCAAAGGUCAUGGCUGUGAGCAUCGCCAUAGUUUCUGCCCUGGGCGACGAGACAAAGGUCGCGGUCACUGCAUGUUGUGAGAUUGAAUUCCGAGCAUCAAUGAUCCAACCAAAGCCUUCACAGCCUGUUGAUGAGUUCUAAGCUGCGUCAGCGAAUAUCGAGCAAAGUCCCAUUCGAUUAGGGUCUGGUUCGCAUCUGAUCAAAGGUUUCGGCGAGAGAGCAAUCGAGGGAGUUUGAGCCAUCAUCCAUUUUUUAGCAUCUAAGAUCGCUUUCAGAAUGAUCUCUUCUGGUGUAAACUUUCGUUUUUUGAAGAUGAGCUGGUUCCUUGAGCUCCAUAGAGACCACACAAUCCAAGCUGCGAGGGUUCCUGGUCCUAGACCGGUUGGAGGAAGGGAUGGGAUUUUCCUGACCCAAAAUUUGAAUAAAUCCGAACCGAAACCCAAUCGCCCAUUGUCGAUUUGUUAAAAGUCUCUAAUUGGGCUUUCUGUUCAAGUCUAAUUGGGCCUUUUCUAAAAGUCUUUGCCUUAGCAACCAAAACCGGAAGAAGCGGUUUGUAGCCAAAUCUUCCCGCGUCUUUAACUCUCUCCACUCUCGCCGGCGGCGGAAAAAGCUUCUGCUUCGUUCCUGGAUCUCGUCUCCCGAAUUUCAACGUCCGUUGAUUCGCCCGCUAAUCGCUCAAUUUCUUCUUCUUCUUCUUAUUCAGCUUCGAUUGUUGAUCUUAAGCGCUGAAGAAGUGAAAUAUGAGCAGCUCCAGAGAGGGAUCUCCCGAUUGGCUCCGAUCUUUCCAGCCAUCAAUUACCACUUCAUUGUUAUCACUAUCUUCGUCGUCUGAAUCUGCUCCAGAGGAUAGUCCUUUCAGGGAAUCUGAAACCAUUUCGUCUCUUCCUUUGCCUGAUGACACUGAAGCCACCACGAUUCUGGACUCGUUGGUGACAAAGCAACUGUUUUCUAGAAAGAAUGCUACUCUCAACCUUGAGGAGAAUCAGAAGGUAAACAAAGCAGACGGUGAAGAAAACUCUACCAAGCAUAAGAACGAUCAAGGAGGAGAUGAUUCUGUAUGGCUUGUCUCAUCUGAUUCUGAACCACCCUCCACUGAUCCGAUAAAGCAGCAAGUAAUUAUCUCAACUGAAGAGGAUGAGGAUCUUGUUAUUCUAGAUAAAGAGGUAGAACCUGCGGUUAAGAAGGCUCCAAAGAAAAAAUCUCCGAAGAAAAAGGCAAGUAGUAGCCGCCAGAUACCCAAGGAAGAAAACAGUGCACAAGAAAUGAAUGAAGAUUCCAUAGUGGCCGAGGAAGUGACAACGGAUAAGAACACCAAGCCUUCUUCUGGCUCAAGUUCAAAGUUGCCUUUGGUACUUUCUGAGAAGGUGAAUCGUUCAAAGGUACUCGUUGAAUGUGAAGGGGACUCAAUAGAUCUGAGUGGAGACAUGGGGGCUGUUGGACGCGUGGUUGUCUCAGACACAACCGAGGACGUGUUCUUGGACUUGAAAGGAACCAUAUAUAAAUCUACAAUUGUACCAUCCAGAACAUUUUGCGUAGUACGUUUUUUCAAAAUCCUUGUACCUAUUCCAACUUCUAAGGGAAGUUGUAUUAUACAAGUACUCACACUAGAGAUCUUGCAAUUUCAGGUUAAUGUAAGUCAGUCGGAGGCAAAGAUUGAAGCUAUUAUGAAUGACUUCAUACAGCUAACACCAGUAUCUAACGUCUACGAAGCAGAAACGAUGGUGGAAGGGACUCUGGAGGGGUUUUCGUUCGAAUCUGAUGAUGAAGGUAACAAGAACGCUAAGACUGCUUCAAAGCCUCCAGAUGAUCAAAGUGGAGACACAACAGAGAUAACCACCAAAGGAAGUGGCAAAGCUAAAGCAAAAGGCGAGAAUGUUGUAGGGAAAAAGAGAGGAAGACCAAGUAAAGAGAAGCAGCAGCAGCAACCAGCAGCAAAGAAAGCUAGAAGUUCUUCUGCUCCUAAGAAAACAAAACCCAAGAAAUGAGUUAUGAUUUCGAUUUGUGAAACAGAGUAGUUGUACAUAUACGAGUUGUGAAUCUUAGUUCAGACAAUUCGAAGUAAAGUAAUGUAAGGCUUUUGAUGAAA